AUACUUAUUAACAACUAUAGUUUUUCGUGAGCUAAGAAGAAUACGCAGUAAAUUCGAGUGCUACAAUUAUUUGUAGAUAAGUGACACAAAAUGAGGGAAUCCGCUCAUGACAUCAGUAUGGAUACGUGGAAGCAGUGGAUACUUGAGGCAAUAUCCAAAAUCCGAUCACAAAAACAAAGACCAAGUGUGCAGAGAAUUUGUCAGGCGAUUGGGACACAUCAUAAGUUCCAUGAAGACAUCGUUGCUGAAAAAUUGGAAAAAGCUGUGGAGUCGGGAGCUGUUAUUAAAGUAUACAACAAAGGCUUACAUUCCUAUAAGGCUCCGAUGGCCAAAAGGCGAAUUAAAGUGGAUAAAAGUACAAAUCUGUACAAAGUGGUGGCCAAAGCUGUCAAUGAUUUGGGUGAAUGUGAAGGAUCUACCAUUAAAAAUAUAGAAAACUAUAUUCAAAAAUUCAAUUGCAUUGACCUUUCACCCGAUGUGGAUUUUAAGGCAGUUAUUAAAAUAUCAAUUAAAAAGGCUGUCGACGCCGGCUUCUUGAUACAAGAAGGAAAGUUGUACAAAAAGGGAAAAUCUCUAACAACACCACGAAAAGCAGCUCCAGAAACUGAAGUACUUAUAAAGGGCGAAGAGACCUGCACACAUUGCUCUGGAAAUGCUCAAAAGAAUCUUAAUGGGAUUCCAGAACCGUUAAGCUCUUGCAAACAAUGCGGAAUAUCAUUGCAUACGACUUGUGCAAAUAUAGCUGGGAGGUGCAAGUCGCAAUCCUAUGUACUUCUUUAUAUGCUUGUUACGAAAGGAACAUUGUGGAAUUGUCAGAAAUGUGCCGAUUGUGCUGUAUGCAAAAUACGCAAUCGUGGUCCAUGUCUUCUUCAAUGUUUCGUUUGCAAGAAUCAUUUUCAUUUGACGUGCCUCGAUACGAUACCGGACAAGAAGCCAAAGCAUCCGUAUCGAUGCAAGACGUGCCUAAAACAAAACGUUGACAACCCAAAAGCCUUUAAGAGGGAUAGUUCCAGCAUCAAAUUUGAGCUUGGCAAUGAAAGAAUUGUUCCGUAUGCUAAUGUCUCUCAGAAACCUUACAACAAUUGCAAGCGACAGAUGAUUAAAAACGAAAGAUAUAUUGAUAAUCCGUCAACGUCACAGCAAUCCAACAAUGUGGUCGGCAAUAAACAAAAGAAAAAGAAUUGCGCCAUAAUUAACAAGUUUGACACUCAAAUAAAGCAAAAGAAAGCCAACUUUCAACGUGAACCAAUUGCUAAUCAACUUAGUCGAAAACGUACAUAUUCGGAUUUAUCAUCAUCGACUUCUUCGAGUGACAGUGACGAUGAGGAUGACGAUGAUGAUGAGAAGAAUGCGGGCUGCGAUGAUCAGGAUGAAAGUACGUCUUCGGACUCGUGUACUUCAUCCAGCUCCGAGUCGGAUUCAAGCGAUAGCUCGAGUGAUAGCUCGGAAUGCGACGAAGAUAAUGAUGAGGAAGACUAUGAUUCAGACAGAAGUACAUUGAAGGAAAAUAUAUUUGAAAAUGAAAAAAAGUUUGAUUUCCGAUCAUCAUCAAAUGACAAGGAAAGUUUACUGGAAGGAUCAUCAGAAAAUUGGGGAUUUGCAGCUGUGGCAAAAAACCCCGUUGACAACAAAUAUAAAAACAAUUUUAAAUGCCUAAGUUAUACCAGAAGUAAAAUAAUGGAUGCCAACAGUCAACAAUCACCGGUUGUCGAAUCUAUUAAACCAUGCGAAAGUACUACAACUGAUAAAGCUGACGAUACUGUCAAAAAUGGUUCCUUGGGCUCCAAGCAAAACCAAACGAAUGUGGGAAAAAAGAAGAUGGUUAUCUUAAAAUCAAUGCCCCUUGAAACUGCACCAAAAUCUUAUGUUAAACAGGAUGAUGAUAUUCCAUAUCUAACUAAAGAAACUGUUUUAAAGUAUCGCAUGAUGAACGAUAUAGAUCAUACUCAAGAACCAUCAAAGGAAGCUCUACCCACAAAAGAAUCCAAUACAACAGACUAUGAUGAAUGCAUGGAAAAUUUGAACGAUCAGAACGAUAAGUUUAUCAACCAGUCUAAAUCAUUUGAGAAUCAGCAUCUACCACCUGGAGUUAAUCAAUUGGAUAUUGAAUUAUAUCAAGAAGUGCUGAAAAAAGCUGUAGUUAAAGUGUCUAAUAACUAUUGCGAAAUGCCAGUGGAGAAAAGCCAGACACAGAUUCACAGCGGACAAAGUCCUAAAUCUAUUGAAAUUGGCAAAUGGAAUAUAGAGACAUGGUAUUCAAGUCCGUUUCCACAAGAAUACGCAAGGCUAUUAAAACUUUAUUUAUGCGAAUUCUGCCUGAAAUACACUAAAAGCCGAUCUGUCCUGGAUAGACAUCAAAAUAAAUGCAUUUGGAAGCAACCGCCUGGAACAGAGAUUUUUCGUCAAGGCGACAUAUCUGUUUUCGAAGUAGAUGGAAACGUUAAUAAGAUCUACUGCCAAAACUUGUGCCUGCUUGCUAAGUUUUUUCUAGACCACAAGACCCUCUAUUACGAUGUUGAGCCAUUCCUCUUUUAUAUAUUAACUAAAAACGAUCAAGUUGGUUGCCACCUCGUUGGAUAUUUUUCAAAGGAGAAGCACUGCUCACAAAAGUAUAAUGUCUCCUGUAUUCUGACUCUGCCACAAUAUCAACGACAAGGAUUUGGAAGAUUUUUGAUUGAUUUUAGCUAUUUACUAAGUCGUGAAGAAGGCCAGUUGGGAACUCCUGAGAAACCUUUAUCUGAUCUUGGACGUCUGUCGUACUUCUCAUACUGGAAAUCAGUUGUUCUGGAAUACCUUUACAAGUACAGGAAUAAAAAAGUAAUAACUUUCAAAGAUAUUGCUAUAAAAACCGGAUUGGCAAUUUCGGACAUUGCAUUGGCAUUUGAGCUACUUAAUUUUAUAAAAUUAAGAAAGAAUGAUGGUGACAUUCGAUUCCAAAUAACAGUGAAAAUAGAUUGGAAAAAGGUUUUAUUGCAUCAUAACCGAGUGGCCCAUAGCAAAACUCGAAUUAUAAUUGAUGCCGAUUGCUUAAGAUGGAGUCCAUUAACAUCGAUUUCUAAAUCACCCACCAAUAACAUUAAACCGAUAUCGAAUCGUGAAUAUUUGAGUUAUAAGUUUCUCGAAAACUGUGACGAAAAAGAUUUCUACAAAAAGAAAACUGAGGAGAUUGUUCAACCACAAAACAACACGACCGCGGAAAUCAUUAAGGACUGCACAAAGCCGAUCGUGUCAAAUUGUGAAAAGUUUGAUGAAGAUGUCAGUUACUCGAAAAAAAACGUAUGUUAUGCAGAAUCUACGCCCACAACAACAGUUGAUGCAAAACGAGGCAAACGGCCAUUUGAAGAGAAAGUCGAAAAUUCAGAUUCAUCUGAUAGUAAAUAUUCUAAAAAGUCGGAAUCAUCAGAUUAUAAUGUGUUGACCAAACGAGCAUUGCGAUUGGCGAAACGUAAGGACGUGGUUCCUCACACAAACAAGAGGAAACACUUUGAACGGGAACAUAACACGGACAACUUGGAUCUAAAUUUAUCGAAUCUCAAAGAUACACAGAGUUCCACUAAAGAAACCAUAGAGAAAGUCUCGGUAUUAUCAGGAUCAGGUUCUGGAGCUGCUGUACAAGAGGUCAACCGAGAUAUUAAGAAACAAGAAUCAGUUGACAAGCCCAUUAAUAUUGUACCCAAAUUGAGGGGUAAGAAAUCAAAUGGGAAACGAAAUGAAGAAGACAAUUCCAUUGAUAAUAUUUCAAAUGAAAUUGCAUUAAAUGAAUGUGACAAUGAAGAAACAAUAAAAUCGUUCAAUGAAGAAACUGCAACUGAAAAUGAAAUUCCACGGCUGUCAAAGGAAAAAGAAAUAAGCUUCACUGAUCAGUGCAAUGAACAAGUUCUGGAUGCUGUUGCAAAGAAAACUAAGAAAACAUUAUUUUCUGAUACAACUUUAUACGAUAAGAAAAGUAAUACUGACAAUAAAACUCCAGAAUGUAAAGUUGAGCAAAAACCAGUGGAAAAUGUAAUCGAAUCAAAGGAAACAAUUAAGGAGAACAAUGAGAUCGCUGGUGUGUUGGCUGCAUCAUCUGAAAUGAUAAUUAAAGAAAAGAAUACCAGCAAAAUUGUUGCUCCUGAAAAGGUAGAUGCAGUUACUCCCAUUGUGGAAAAAGUCGAAACUAAAGUAAACACCUUAGAAGAGGAAAGCUUGAUAAACGGCACUGAGAUGCAUAAAUCUGCAGAUCAAAGAUUAAAGAAUUGCGUUGCAACUGUUGCAACUGUUUCAACUGCUGCAACUGUUCCAACUACUGCAACGGUUCCAACUGUUGCAACGGUUCCAACUGCUGCAACGGUUCCAACUGUUGCAACGGUUCCAACUGCUGCAACGGUUCCAACUGCUGCAACGAUUCCAACUGCUGCAACGGUGGCAACUGCUCCAACUGCUGCAACUGUUGCAACUCCUGCACCUAUUACAAUACCAGCAACUCCUGCAGUUUCAGCAUCUGCUGCAAUUCCUGCAUCUGCUGCACCUGUUGUUCCCUUUGCUAAUGAAGAAGCAUUGAAAAUAGCGCAAAUACCCAGCUGUAAUUCUUCCAAACCCAUUGAAGAAAGUGUCAUUAAAACCAAAGAUAUUACUAAAGCCUGUGCUACGCUUGAGCCUAUUCUACCCAAUAAAACUGAACUGGAUGCGCUAAAGAUAUCAAAUACUUCAGUAGAACCAACGUUUUACAAUGAAGUCAAUAAAACAAAUCCAACGAACGAACAGGAAAAUAUUGGAAAGGCGGUUGUUCCUGUUAUGCAAGAAACAGACAUGAAGCCGAAAAUUAAUAAGAAAACAAUUGUGGAACCUGCUGUUCCAAAGAUUGAAGCAGUCAAUAAUGUUGCUAAAAAACCAGAUGCUUACUACGCAAACAAAAUGAAUACAAUUCCUGAAAAGGAAGCAAUGAAACCAACGCAGUUGGUGCAAGUGAAAGAGGAGGAGAAAUCAAAUGUGCGAGUACCAUCGACUUCAUUGCCCAUCAGGGAUAAGAUUCAGAUUAAGAACAACGAACAUGCUCAGUUACAGAGUCCAAUCACGUCGCAGUUUCCAAUUAAUCAAAUGCCCAACUAUCAUCAUACUUCGCAGUAUUGGCAGUGGGACUAUUACAGCUAUAAUCUUUGCAAUUUGGAUCCUGCAUCACAAAAGGGUCAAAAGCAAUUCCACAAAGAUCUUGCAACAACAAUGGCUUAUACACAUAAUUUCACACAAAAUCUGUAUCAAUCUGCAAUGCACCAUCAUCAGAUUCAUCAUCCCAAGGAUAAGCAAAAAGUUGAACGGAAAAAUAGCGGUAAAAAGGAUGAUUUGCCCAAAACGGCGGUAUCCAGCAUUAAUCCUGUUAACACGCCGAGAGAUGAAGCUCAUUUACUUAAUUGUAAUGACUACAAUCUUAACAAUCAGUCUGGCAAUUUCAAUCAGAAAUGCGCCACACAACAAAAACAGUUUAAGAUCACCGAUCAGACACAACAAAUGAAACCCAUUGGCAAUGCUCAGAACUCUGGGCAACGACAUGGCAGUUCCAGCCAAACGGAAUCGACAAUUCUGUUGCCAACCCGGGAAGCAUCUGGUGUGCCCCAAAAACAAAAGGCAGAGCAUAAUGUGAACACAACAUUAGUGAAUUCACGUGAGGAAAAAUUGAAAAUUGCACAGCCCAUCAUACAGUCGAGUACACAUUCAAAUUUGCCAGUUGGAGGUCAACCAGAUGUUAAUACGAACAUGUCGUACAAUUCCGAAUCAUCCACAAAUGCACCCAUUCAGCAUUAUGAUUGCGGAAUCAAUAUGGACUCCCCGUCCACAAUUGGAAGUUCGAUUAAUCAUGGCUCGGAAAACUCAAACGUCCAUAUGCAUAGACAAUUUUCCGACUGUUCAAUGCAAAAUCAAUCGGCGACGACUCCAAUGCAUAUGUCUAUACAAAACUCGCACAUCCAACAACAGAACAAUAUUAAUAUGAAUUUAACACCAGAAGGCUCUCCAAAUUUAAAUAUAAUUGGAAGCUCACAGCAUCAACAACAUCCCAAUAGGAAACUUAAUGUUCAGCCGGAUAUUGUCGCGAAUUCGCCGACAACGUCCCACCGGGCACCGACACCUAAGCAAAUUCGCACCGCAAAUGCGUCAAAUAGUUCUCAGCAGAGAGACACCAAGAUUCCGUCAGCAACAGCGACUACAGCGCAGAAUACUCAUCAUCAGCACUCGCAGAGUUCAGCAGCGAAUAUUUCAAAAGCACAGCAAGAUUCGCUUGGCAGCUUGCAGUUUACCCAACUAAGUGGACAGCAUGGUCAUCAGCAGAAUAUGCAGCCUUUGGACUAUGUACCCAUUUCGCAAAUUUCUCAAAACUUCUCUUCGAAUCCAUCCAACUACGACAUGACGGCUGUUAUUCAACAAAGGAUGUCGUUAAAUAGCUCCGUUCAUUCACUUCCGAACUCGCAUCAGCGGAUUGAGCAGCCUUCAUCGGCUUGUGCAGUAAACAACUUUUAUUUGCAAAAUAAUAUACCAACUAAUGAAACGGUAUCGAAUGUGCCUCGCAUACCAGUUUCGAGUACAUUGGGGCCACCAUCCACAGCAACUAGUAAUGAUCAACGUCAGGCAAAUCACGAUUCCAUAUCAGUGUCAAAUAGCACCGGAACAACAUCAGCGCUGGUUGGCAAUCUAUGUAGUCUUUCGAAGUUACAGCAACUUACCAAUUGCCUUGAGACUCAGCCAUGCAAUACAUCGCCAGGAGCGCAAUCCAAUUUGACACCAUCGCCACAUCAUCCUUUGCCACCGAAUUCGAUGACGCCACCACCACAUUUGUUAAUGCAAAACAGAAAUAUUUCAACGCCACCGAAUAUGUUGCAAACCCAAGUGACACCUUUGCAGUACCACAAAUAUUACACCAGCAACAUGAACAUUGCGCCCAUAGCAUCGUCGCAGAACACAAAUCGCAACACUCGGAAUACUCCAUCCGCACCCGUGCAACAUACUUCAGCGCCAAUUGGCAGCAAUUCAAAUAAUCGCACUGCAAACGUUCACAUCAGUCCUAAUUUGAUGUCCCAUUAUGGAGCCAUUAAUAGCUAUAGGAUGUCGCCUCAGCAGAGUCCUCCUACUGGUGCCUACAGUUCCGGUGGUGAAUAUCCCAAUUCGCAGAUUCCUAUGCAAAUGGGUGUCAUGAAUAUGCAGUCUCAAUACCAAGACGCAUGUGUCCUACAAAGAGCUACACAGCCGAACCCAAUGUAUUCGACGUAUCCCCCAUAUCUGUCUCUAAACAGCUCCAUUCGCAGAUAGUUAAAGAACAAUAAGUUUAACUAACUGAUUUGUAAAGUAUAUAUGAGUAGUUAUGUGUUGUAAAUAUAAUUUCUAUAAUUUAAAAUAAACAUAUUUAAGUAACAAAUAAAUACGAUACGUAUUGCAA